AUGGACAACACAUCAGCUUCAGUGGACGUCAUUGCAUCAACUGCAUCGUCAACCACUUCUGCUGUCGAUCAACAAACUCCCAAUGCCGUCCACACGUUCUCGGUCGUGGCCAACUUGAUCCUCGGCAUCAUCGGUCUGAUGGGUAACACCAUCGUCGUGCUGACAGUGCGCAAGACAAGAUCUUUCCACGACAUCACCCACUAUCUGAUCGUGAGUUUGGCCAUGUCUGAUUUCCUCUGCUGCUUGUUCUUCAUUUUCAGCAUCUUAUUCGUUAUCGAGGGCCGCCCGAUUCAAGUGGACAUCCCGCAGAGCUUCUUCGGCGAGAUUUUCUGCAGGUUGUUCUGGAGUCUGCAUCUGUUCUGGUCCUCGUUUUUCGCAUCUGCAUUCAAUUUAGUGGUGGUGACUUUCGAGAGGUAUUUCGCCAUCGUGCACCCAAUGACCUAUGCUCGAUCCUUCACCGAGAAACGGGGCCUGAUGCUGGCCGUCUCGGCCUGGUCCCUUGGAUUUCUCCUAGAGAUUGAGUUCCCGAUCAGGUUCUUCGUGAACGACUCCGGAGAGUGCGACUUCCCAGGUCUUGGUCCGGUCUGGUUCGCCAAGUUGAUGUUCCUGAAGUCCUUCGUCGUCAGCUUUGUGGCUCCCCUGAUAUUCCUGGUCUGGGCUUACUACAAGAUCCUCAAGACCAUCCGUCAGGGGGCGGCAAACCCGGAGCGCCAGGGGGAGAUGAGGGCUGAGCUGCGCGUGGCGAGCCGGCGAGUUGUCCAAUGCCUCCUCAUCAUCACCACGCUCUUUAUCCUCUUCCUGCUCCCUUCAGAGCUGGGCAACGUCUUGUUGUUCUUCGAUGUGCCCGUGGACGCGCGCUUGGGGUUCUGGGAGGUCUUCCGGACCCUGACCGUCAUGAACUCGGUGGUGAAUCCCAUGAUUUACGCCAUCAAGAUGAAGAAGUUCCGUCGAGCCAUGAAGACCACGCUCUGUCCCUGCGUAAAGACGCAACUAAUACAGCCAGAGGACACGACUGACACCAACGGCAUUCGCGUGAACACAAUUGCCUCUACAACUGCCCCCUGA